AUGUACUCACCGGAAGAGGCCAGGGCUGUGGAAAGACGGAAUUAUCACAGCAUCCGUGAGAUGAUCCGACUCUCUUAUACAGUGGGUUUCAACCUGAUGAAUCCCUAUCCUUCUCGUCUGCGAAUAUGGACUGUGGUGCUCAGCCUGAGUAGUCUAGCUUCGCUUUAUGGUCACUGGCACAUGUUAUUAAAAUAUAUCCAGGAAAUACCGCGCAUUGUUGAGACUGCCGGCACUGCCCUACAGUUCCUCAGUUCGAUUUUCAAGAUGUGGUAUUAUCUUUUCACACAUCGCCGUAUUUAUGAGCUUUUGCGUAGAGCCCGUAGUCAUGAGUUGCUUCAAAAUUGCGAGAUUUUUAUAGAGAUGUCUGAUCUACCGGUGAUCAAGACCCUGCAACAGGAGGUGGAGAGUACAAUGGAACGUUAUUGGGCCAACACUCGUCGCAUACUCUUGAUAUAUCUUUACAGCUGUGCUAGUCUUACUUCAACAUACUUUCUGAGAUCCUUUUUAACUGGUAUAUAUCAAUACUUCUUUCUGCCCGCAGGAACCUACGAUAUUGUUUUGCCUUUCGAGUCCCUUUAUCCUUCUUGGAAGCCCAAGGGCAUGACCUUUCCGUAUUAUCACAUACAAAUGUAUCUGGAAUCCUGCUCCCUGUAUAUCUGCGGAAUGGCUGCCGUGAGUUUCGAUGGAGUUUUUAUUGUCUUGUGCCUGCACAGCGUGGGACUGAUAAGGUCUCUUAAUCAAAUGAUUAGUUACUCCACAUCUGAGUUGUUGCCACGGGAUAGAAGGGUUCAGUAUCUGCGAUGUUGCAUUUAUCAGUACCAAAGGAUUCAAGGUUUUGCAGCGGAAAUCAAUGCCUACUUCCGGCACAUCACCUUCUCGCAGUUCCUGCUAAGUCUCUUUGUCUGGGGCCUGGCGCUGUUCCAGAUGAGCGUGGGAUUGAACAGCAGCUUUACAAUAAUCCUGAUGAGCAUGUACCUGCUGGCAGCCGGCUAUCAGAUAGUUGUCUACUGCUACAAUGGCCAGCGAUUUGCGACUGCUAGCUCCCAGAUUGGCAGGGCCUUUUACGAGUGCGAAUGGUACGGAGAGUCGCGGGAGUUCCGUCAGCUCAUCGCCAUGAUGCUGAUGCGCACGAACCGGGACUUCAGGCUGGACGUGUCCUGGUUCAUGCAGAUGUCCCUGCCCACGCUAAUGGCGAUGGUCCGGACAAGUGGACAGUACUUCCUGCUGCUGCAGAAUGUCACAGAGAAAUAG